AUGAGCGCGCCAGUUUAUUCAAGCGCCCGCACCUUGUCAUCCGAUGCAAGCACUAUUGCAGAUAUUGAGCGCAGGCUAUUCCAAUCUCGCUUCAGCGUACAGAAUUCGGCCCUGAAGAAUGUGCAUCGCAAGUUGCUCGAGCUGCACGACAUACUAGAGAUCAGCGAAGCGCAUGGCAGUCCAGACAUCAAAAGCUGCUUGCUGCUCGCGCGGGCCUCUACGCUGAAAAUACCAGCAGCAGACAACCGAACCAACCCGUUGAACAUCUCUGCCCUCAGCGGGGUUAUAGGUACAGGGGGUAUCAGCUAUGCCAGCUCUAGCAGCGAUAUGACCACCAGCCCAGUGUCACCAAGGAUGCCGUCGGCGGCAUUAGCAUCAGCAGCAACUCAGCACUCUGCGGUUUUCACGCACAUCAAACGCAAAUGCGAUGAGGUUCUCCAAAUGCCAGGAAUCAAGCUUCUGGAGGAGUACCCGAGCGAGGAGGACGUGGUCGGUGAGCAAUGUCAUUUGCUGGCGGCGCACGCACAGCACAUUGGCGAGCUUGUCCAAGAGUUGGAGCUGCUUUCUGCGCUCUACCAGCACUCGGCAGCGCACCCGAUCUACGAGGUGGCUCGUGGGCUGGAGAGCUAUUUUGGCGGUCUGAUAACCAGCCUCGCACUUAAGUUGGAUAUUAUUGCGGCCGACAUGCAUCGGACGUUGUAUGCGCCCGAUGUAUCUAGGGCAGUCGAGCGGCUGUGGGAAAUCCUAAAAGCACAGGAGCGCAGGCUGGUCAAGGAGCGAGCAUCCCUGGACGAGCGCCUUGCGAUAUACAGGGAUGCCGGCAGUGAGUUUCAAGAAAUUGCUACUGCAUACUCGGCGGUUCUUACAGAGACUGAACAGAUCCGCCACGACAUUGCGCGUGUCUCACAGAUGUAG